AUGGAAGAUCCUAUUGAUGUCUCUUAUUAUAUUGGAGUCCAAUCUGCUGAAACAUUGGGAAAUCUUGAUGUUCCUUUAAAUAAUGGACAAAUUGUUAGUAUCAAUUUAAUUGAUGAAUUACCCGAUGAUCCAAAUGAAUUGAUUGGAUUCUUACAAGGUGAAAAAUGUGCUUGUCAAUAUUGGAUAAGUGUUGCUAGUGCAUAUGCUCGUUUAAAUAAAUUAAAUGAAGCUAUGGAAAUCAUCAAUGCUACCAAUGGAUUAUCACAAUUUAAUGAUGAAGAUAAGAAAUCAUUCCAAUCUUUUCAAAUUUGGCUUUAUUUUAAAUAUAUUUCUUUAGGAAUUGAUAAAGAAACUAAUUUGAUUCAAGUCCUGAGUGAAAUUAAUAAUUUACUGCAAAAGAUAAAGACUGAUAAUACAACCAAUGCUGCUAAUAGUACUUCAAAUAUCUUAUCUCAAGCAGUAUUAUUCUUAUAUCAAGGAAGAGAUGAUGAUGCAUUGGAUAUAUUUGAUCGUAUUUUAAGAAUUGAUCAAAAUAAUUGUUUUGCAUUAUUAGGAAAAGCUCAAGCAAUUUUAAAUAAAACCAAGAAUUAUUCACUUGCAUUGAAAUUAUAUCAACAAGUUUUAAUUUUGAAUCCUAUGAUGAAACCAGAUCCAAGAUUAGGAAUUGGAUUAUGUUUUUGGUUUUUAAAAGAUGAUAGAAUGGCAUUUCAAUCUUGGGAAAGAAGUUUAGAAUUAGAUGACCAUAAUUUAAAAGCAAAAAUUUUCUUAAAUUUAGCUAAAUUUCAUCAAACUUUUAAUAAUUCAUUAACUGAUGAAGAAUUCUUAGAUAAUUAUAAAUUAUGUCUAACUGAAUUAUCCAAAUUAAAUAAAUCUAAUCCAAAUGAUUCUAUUAUAUUAUUACCAUUGGCAUCAUAUUAUUUUUCAAAAGGGGAUUAUGAAUUGGUUGAAAAAUUAAUUAAAAAAGUUGUUAAGAAUAUAACUGGAUAUGAAAGUUUAAUUAAAUUCAAUAGUUUUAAUCGAGUUUCAAAAUAUGAAUCUAAUGUAUUAUCUCAAUGUGCAACUUGGUUUGGUAGAAUCCAAUUUGCCAAUAAUGAUUUCACUCAAGCAUCUAAAUAUUUCCAAGAAGCAAUUAAACUUAAGGAUACAAAUAUUGUGGCUAAAUUAGGAUUAGGACAAUCUCAAUAUAAUCGUGGUUCAAUUGAAGAAGCAAUUAUGACCUUUGAAUCAAUUUUAAGAAGUAAUGUAAAAUGUCUUGAAGUUAAUUAUUCUUUAGGAUUAUUAUAUUCCAAACAAAAAUCAAAAAGAAAACAAGAUAUGGCCAUUCAGAUUUUGGAAAGAUAUAUUAGAUUAUCCAAUAAUAGAGGAUUGGCUUCUUCUAAUAAAGAUGAUAUCGAGUUUAUGUUGAAUAAAGAACCAGUUACAUUAAAUGCAUAUUUGGUUUUGAGUAAAUUAUAUGAAUCCACUGAUAUAAAUCAAUCAUUAAAUUAUUUGAAUAAGGCAAUUGAAUCAAGAAAACAUAUAGGGAAAGAUGUUCCUUUGGAAAUUUAUAAUAAUAUUGGAGUAUUUAAUUUCAUGAAACAAAAUUAUGAUGAAUCAUCCAAAAAUUUCCAAACUGCUCUUGAUAAAGUUGAAUCAAAUGAAUUUAAAUCCGAUGAUGGUGAUUUAUUAAUUGAUUUACCACAAGAUUUGAAAGUUUCAUUAAAUUUCAAUUUAGCUAGAUCAAAAGAAAUUUCCAAUGUUUCCGAAGCUUUAGAAAUUUAUGAAACUUUAUUACAAGAAUGUCCUCAUUAUUUCUCCGCCAAAUUAAGAAUCUUAUUUUUGAAUUGUAUUUCAGAUCGUGGUAUGACCAAGGAAGAAAUUAAGACCGAAAUUGAAGAAUUAUUGAAUUCAAAUGCAUCCGAUUUAGAAAUCAGGUCAUUUUAUGGAUGGUUUGCAAAGAAUUUCGGUAAACGAUUAGGAUUACAAGCUGAUGCUGAUACAAAACAUCAAAAAGAUACUUUGGUUGAAUAUGAUUCUCAUGAUUGUUAUGCAUUGAUUUCAUUGGCUAAUAUUUAUUGUAUUAUGGCUAGAGAUACUAAAGGAAGUAAUGAUGAUCAAAAAAAGAAACAACAGAAAUAUUAUAUGAGAGGAAUUGAAUUAUUUACAAAAGUAUUAUCAUUAGAUUCUAAGAAUGUAUAUGCUGCUCAAGGGUUAGCUAUUUCUUAUAUUGAAAAUAAAGAACCAAAUAAGGGGUUAGAUAUUUUGAGGAAAAUUAGAGAUUCAUUAAAUGAUAUAUCGGUUUAUUUGAAUUUAGGUCAUGUUUUAUGUGAAUUAAAACAAUUUGGUAAAGGUAUUGAAAAUUAUGAAUUGGCUUUAGGUAGAUUUACUGAUGGUAAAGAUUCUAAGAUUUUAUCAUUUUUAGGAAGAGCAUGGUAUUUAAGAGCUCAUUCAGAAAAGAAUUUAGGAUUUUAUAAACGAGCAUUGGAAUAUACUAGAUUAGCAUUGGAUUCAGUUAAAGGAGGUUCCAAAGCUUCAAUUAGAUUCAAUAUUGCCUAUGUUAAUUUCCAAAUUGCUGAAUUUAUUACUAAACAAUCAAUUUCUCAACGAAAUGUAGAAGAUAUUGAAAAUGCAAUUAAUGGAUUAAAAGAUGCAAUUGAGAUUUUGAAUGAAUUAUCUUCUGAUGAGGAAAAACAUCCACCAUAUCCAAAGGAAGAAUUAAAAUCUAGAGCUAAUUUAGGAACAAACACUUUAUUGAAUAGAUUAACCACCGCCCUUCAAGAAACUAGAGAAAGUCUUGCUGAAGUUGAACAUAAAUUGGAAAUUGCAAAACAAGUAAUGAAGGAAGAAGAAGAGGCGAAAUUAAAAGAAGAAGAAGCAAAAUUGGCAGCCCUUGCUGAAAAGGAAAAGUUGUUGGCUCAAGAAAGAGCUGCAUUACAAGAACAAGCACAACAAUGGGCAGAAGAACAAAGAUCGAAUAUUGUGGAUGAAGGUGGAGAUGAAGAGGAUGAUGAUUUGUUUAAUGAAGAAUCUAAGAGUAAGAAAGAUAAAAAGAGAAAGGCUACUGCUCCAACAAAGGGAGGCCCAAAGAAGAAGAAAAAGAAGAGAGCUAAGAAGGGUAUAGUAGAUGAUAGUGAAGAGGAAUCGGCUCGUUCAAGUGGAGAAUCAGAUGUGGAGAAUGAUAAUGAAUCCAAGACAACUUCUCCGAAGAAAAAGAAGAAGGUGUUGUCUAACGAAUUUAUCAAUGAUAGUGAUGAUGAUUUGGAUGAUGAUGAUCUUUUUGGAGAAAACGACGAGGAAGAAGAAGAUAAACAAGAUGAAUCCAAUGGUAAGGCCAAUGGUGCGGAUGAAGAUGAUGAAGAUGAAGAUUGA